GCGAAAGGCGGGGCUCGCCCUAGGCUGCUCCGGAGGGGCGGCGGCGGAGGCGUGGAGGCUGCGGCGGAGGCUGCAUCCCCGACCCAGCCAGGGAAGGAGUGACCGGGGGCGGGGCGGGAGGGCACCGGUGGCCGGCGGGGCGCCUCAGGCCUCGCGUCCACCUGCCCGGCCGCACGCUCUCCCCUGGGUCGGCGGGGCCUGCGCCGGCCCGGACCCAUGGCGGCGUCGGCGGCUCUGUCGGCGGCGGCGGCGGCGGCGGCCCUGUCGGGCCUGGCGGUGCGGCUGUCGCGCUCGGCGGCGGCCCGCGGCUCGUACGGCGCCUUCUGCAAGGGGCUCACGCGCACGCUGAUCACCUUCUUCGACCUGGCCUGGCGGCUGCGCAUGAACUUCCCCUACUUCUACGUGGUGGCCUCGGUGAUGCUCAACGUCCGCCUGCAGGUGCGGAUCGAGUGAGCGGGCGCCGCCGCAGCCCCCGCCGGAGAGUCCCGCGCGCCGGGCCGCGCCGGGCAGGGGCGCCGGCAUGGAGGACGGCCGGCGGGACGCGGCGGGGGCAGGAGGCGGGGCGGCCCGGGCCCCCGGGCCCUAGACCUCCGCGGGGGGGCGCUGGCCACCCGGCCGCCCAGCCACCCGGCCGGGCCCCGGCCACGACCGGCCGCCCGCCCGCGGCGUGGCCGGUGACCUAUUGCACAGAAACUCUGCCAACGGGCCCUUACUGUCGGGCUCCAGGGGAAAAAACCAAACAAACCAAAAAACGAUUUGAGGGCGGCCGACCUGUUGCCUCACGUUGGCCAGAGCCGGGGAAGCCGCAAGGAAAAAUUCUGCAGCAGGGACUUGACUGGCCCCGAUCCACAAGGAACCAGUGUUCGUAGGUGGUGACCCACCCCUUCCGUGGCCUUGUGGAGAGACUGCAAUCCCUGCCCAGGGGCGGCCCCUGGGCCCAGUGCUGCCUGGGGAGCUGCUGGGCAAAGGGCCUAGCCCGGGAGGAGAGGAAGGACCUUCCAGGCAGAGGCACCGGGUGCUGGGGUAGCCGGUGGUCCCGUUCUGGCAUGGGGAAGGACGUGACCCUGUCACCUCAGCACUGCAUCUCCUAGCGACACUUUGAGGGCGUUCUGUGCUCCCCACCUGAUGAUUGGAAGAGCUGGCUCUGGGACUGGGAGAGAUGUGUCCUUGUCCUACAGAUACGAAGGAGUGGGGCUGAAUCUGCGCCCCGUCUUUGAGAAAACCUGGCUCUGUG